UUCUCACAGUAUCCACACCAUGAGAACAGCCUUCAUCGUCCUUUUGGCCGGCCUUUGCGCCUUGGCCUCAGCAGCGCCACAAUCCAAAGUUGCGAGCAAGGAAUUCCUUUCCAAGCAAAAGGAUAUCCUUCAACUCUUCGAAUACGUGAACCAACCGGCUUACUACAAGGAAUUCGUCGAUACCGCCAAGGAAUUCAAAUUCGAAGGACACUGGGACCAAUGGACCAAGCCCGAAUUCGCCAAGCAGUUCUGGCAUUACUACCAACACGAUAUCUUGCCAGAAGGUGAAGUCUUCUCCGUGUUCUACCCAGAGCACUUGAAGCAAGCCAUCGCUUUGUUCAAGACCUUCUACUAUGCCAAGGAUUACGACACUUUCUUCAAGUGCGCCGUUUGGGCUCGCCAACACGUCAACGAAGGCAUGUUCGUUUAUGCUUUGUCCGUUGCCGUCGUCCACUCCAAGCACACCGAGAACGUGAUCUUGCCACCGAUCCACGAAAUCUUCCCGCACUACUUCUUCACCAGCGAAGUCAUCCAGAAGGCACAACAGUACAAGCAACACUACUGGGGAACUUACGAGCACGAGAAGGAAAUCAAGGAUGCGUCUUACAAGGGCUACACCAUCCACGCCAACUACUCCGGCUGGUACAUGAACGUCCACCCAGAACAAUCCAUGACUUACUUCACCGAAGAUGUUGGCCUCAACUCCUACUAUUACUACCAGAACGUCUACAUGCCUUUCUGGAUGGAGAAGGAAUACAUGAACAUGGACUCAAGCUUCCGCGGUGAAUUCUACUACUUCUACCAUCAACAACUUUUGGCCCGUUACUACUUGGAGCGUCUCUCCAACGGCAAGGGAGAAAUCCCACACUUCUCCUUCGAUCACCCAAUCGAAACCGGAUUCUACCCAUCUUUGACCUACGCCAACGGACUUCACUUCCCAGUCAGGCCAAACCACGCUAACCUCUACUACCACGGCGUCCAUGGAGAACAGCACUACAACUUCUUCGGAAACUACUCCAACUCCUACACCUUCGUCGAAGACUACGAAAGGCGUCUUCGCGAUGCUCUCGAUAUGGGAUGGGUUUACGGACCCGAAGGCAAGGUUAUCCAUCUGUUCACCAAGGAAGGAUUCGAGACUCUUGGAAACUUGGUUCAAAGCAACCCGCAAUCACCAAACGAGCGUUUCUACGGAGACCUCCAAGUCUUCGCUCGCCACCUCUUGGGAUACUCCUACUUCCCAUUGGACGAAUACAAGGUAGCCCCAUCCGCUUUGGAGCACUUCGAAACCUCCCUCCGCGACCCAAUGUUCUACCAAUUCUACAAGAGGAUGAUGUAUUACUUCCACCAAUACCAAAACUACAUGGGACCAUACGAGAAGGAAGAGCUCUUGUUCAAGGGUGUCAAGAUUGAAGACAUGGAAAUCGACCGUCUGAUCACCUACUUCGACUUCCACUACUCCGACCUCUCUCACGCCGUCUCCGUCGACGAGAAGGAAUUCAUCGACGAUACCUUCGAGGUCCGCGCUCGCCAAUUCCGUCUUAACCACAAGCCAUUCAACUACAAGAUCAACGUUGCCAGCGAGAAAGCCACCGAUGCCUUCGUCAAGGUCUUCAUCGGCCCCAAAUACGACGAGUUCGGCCGUGAAAUCGAGAUGGAACACAACUACAUGAACUUCUUCGAAUUGGACAGGUUCAAGUACUCCCUGCAAGCCGGAAAGAACGUCAUCGAACGUAACUCCUACGACAGCGUCUACUUCGCCAGCGACCGCACCACCUACAAGCAACUCUACAAGCAGGUCUUGACCGCCUUCAACGGUGGCGAUGCCUUCAAGUACUACCCAGAAUACAAGUACUACACCUUCCCACAAAGGCUUAUGUUGCCAAAGGGUGAAUUCGGAGGCAAGACCUACCAAUUCUACGUGAUGGUCAGCGAAUACCACGCACCCAAGAACAACGAAUUCGGCGAAUUCCUCGUCGACACCGAAUACUCCAUGGGAUACCCAUUGGACAGACCAAUUGAUUUCGAACACGACUUCUUCGUUCCAAACUCUUACACCAAGGACGUCGUGAUCUACCACAAGAACACCGAGGAGGACAUCAACACCACCUGGAGCAAACAUUAAACGACACAACACGAACACAACUGUUAUUCUGUA